UUGAAAUCGUUUUAUGCAGAUACCCCAGGAAAGCGACUCAGAUGGCGUGUUGGAUAUGUUGACACAAGGACACUGAAUGCUCGUUUCGACUCUGUGGAAAAUGGAAUUGAGACUUUGUAUAUUACAAGAACGAUCGCAUUGAAACCCAACAGCAUCCUGACGCACAAGUUGUCUUGGCGAGAAAAGAAUUUCCGGGGACUCUGGGAGUCGACUAAGCGAAGGAUGAAAAUGUCCGGGGAGAAUUUCGUCAACGGACUUCACGCUGUGCAAGAAGUGGUGACGGAUUGGAGGUCCACUUACGAGGCCGCCGGUCGCCUCGAGCCGGCUAUUGACCCAUUGCGAGAACGGGUCAACGAGGAAAUCGAGGAAUUCAUCGAAGAAGUGGAACUGGAUCCCACUGUGAUGCUCGUACAAAGCUUUGCCGGGGUCGAUGAUGUGAGGGCUUCGAUCGAGUCCGUGGUAGAAUUCUAUGGCGAGAGACGAAAGGAGCUGAAGGCGAAAUUGGGCGAAUUGCUGCUGGAGUUGGAGAAGAACUUGGGGCCGGAAGUGGGAAUCACGUCAGCAGACAUCAAUAACUGGGUCGACCGCACCGGAGAU